GAGGAGUUUUCCCUUGUGCUGACUAUUGUUUGAUUCCAGAUACAACAAAAUACGAAUGCCCUCGGGCUCCUUUUGCGUCUCUCAGUUCAGGCAAUACUUUGCUUGCCCAGCUAAGAUUAGUUUUCUGCCAAACUGACAUCCUCUGAUGGCUUGCCAAAGCAAGAUGAGCAUCAGCACUGGCACAAGAAAGGAGGCAUGGUUGCUCAAGAGAGAGGGAAGAUGGUAACACAAAAGAAUUUAAUUAAGUUGGUUGGUUGUAAAUCCACACCCUUGCAACUCUGUGUUUGGCUUGCACAGAUCAAAAUCACAAUUGCUGUCAAUAAAUUGAGAGACAAGAAGCAUUAAUGGCAGCAAUGGAAACAGUAGAGAAGAGAGUAAAGCAAGAGAAACAACAAGGAAAAGGAAAGGCAAGGCCAUCUCUAACAACGGCAGCAGUUCCACGUUGCACCAGCAGCUCAAGCUGCUGGGGUGAAGAUGGGCACUGGUAGCACCUCCACAUAAGCUGCUGGGGAGCACACCUGCAUACACCAGCAUGUUGUUCCCGUACUACGGCCUGGAGAUUCCUGUGUGGACCCAUUUCUUCAUCUCAAAACAGUGUACUGAUGGAUGGGAGCAAACUUUCACGGUGCUCAGGAGCUCUAUGAGAGGACGCACUGCAAGUCUGCACGUAGAGAUUGAAGGAAUUUUACCCUCCUCAGCACGAGGGGACGAGAAGACCAGGAUAUGACAGCAUGCUGAAUGGUGUAACUAUCAGCAGCAACCCAGUCCUGUCAAUCCAUGCAGCACGAUGGCUUCGUUUCCUGUCCUCAAGCAAGAGGUGUUGUUCCGGAAUGGCACGUGGAGCUAUCGAAUUCCAGCCCUGCUUUACCUGCCACGUUUCAGCAUCAUCCUGGCAUUUGCUGAGGAACGAGAGGAUGUGGUGGAUGAGCAUGCCAAGCUCAUAGUGAUGCGCAGAGGCACGUACAACCCAGGCAGACACCAUGUUCAGUGGAGCGGCGUGGAGACCAUUGUCAGUGCACAGCUGGAAGGUCACCGAUCCAUGAAUCCCUGUCCUGUUUAUGACGAGGUCUCGGGGAAUCUGAUCCUGUUCUUCAUAGCUGUCCCAGGAAAGAUCUCUGAGCACUACCAGCUCAGGACAAAGACCAACCUGGUACGUCUCUGCUAUGUCACUAGCGUGGACCAAGGACACACAUGGAGCCCUGUUCAGGAUAUCACCGAGAGCACCAUCAGCACAGAGUACAAGAACUGGGCCACUUUUGCAGUGGGACCAGGUCAUGGAUUACAGCUGUCCAAUGAGGCCCGGAGCCUUGUGAUUCCUGCCUAUGCCUUUCGUAUCCUUGACCCUAAGCAUCACCCUGUCUCUUAUACCUUCUGCUUCAUCAGCUCUGACCAUGGGAUGACGUGGGAGAUGGGGAACUUUGUGGGAAAAGAGAGUGCAGGGGAAUGCCAGGUAGCUGAGGUACACCGCUGUGGCAUGAAUGUGCUCUACUGCAAUGCUAGGACCAACAAGGGAGCCAGAAUCCAGGCUGUCAGCCACAACAACGGGGUGGAUUUUGAGGAAGGCCAGUGGGUUGAAAAGCUUGUGGAGCCUCCCUCUGGAUGUCACGGAAGCAUUGUUGCCUUCCCUCCUCCCUCUGAUGUCUGGUGCCAAGAUAGCUGGUUGCUGUACACUCAUCCUGCGGACCCAAAGGGCCGAAGAGAUUUGGGAAUUUACCUCAACAAAAGCCCUUUAAAUCCAGCACACUGGACAAAGCCAAGCAUCCUCUUUAAGGGCUUGUGUGCUUACUCAGAUCUGCAGUACAUGGGGAUUGGGCCAGAUGGCUCGCCCUUGUUCUCUUGCCUCUUUGAAUAUGGGAUCCAUAAACAAUGUGAAGAGAUAAUCUUUGUAAUGUUCACUUUGAAGCAAGCCUUCCCUUCUGAGUUCUGAGUCUUGAGCUUUUUCAUUGGGAUUCUUCUGGAAAAACACCUUUGCUGAUGCUCUUUUCACUCUCAGCUCUCUUUCAGCAAAAGAAUUUUUGUAUUCUUCCCGCGCUGCCGGCUGGGCAUUGUCUUAUAGCAUGCUUAUAUCACAAAGUCUA